AACAGCAGCAAAGCUCUUACCAUCAGAACUGUGUCCGUGCUUCUCUUGGGGAACAGGGAGAAAGAAGGGUCCCAGGGAGAAUGCCUGACCCCAUAGCUAAGUUUGGGAAAAGGGCAGUCAACUGAAGAAAGUAUGGGCCUAGCGUGGGGAAAUAGUACUGAGGCUUUGACCAAUAAGAGGUACCAAUGCAUUCAUUAAUACACUUCAAGCAGGAAAUAAUUUCAUCUGUCACAAUCCAGAAGCCAUGGCUGAGCCCUGCUACCCAAGGAGCUCCUCGACCCUUGAUAUUGGCUGAUAGGCAAGGAAAUCCAAGUCUAGAGUGUGGUUUUGGAAUAGCUGACAAGAGAAUGUGGUACCAGCAUGGCCAGUACCCUAGACCUUAUGUGUUAGAAUCUCCAGGGAAAAUUAAUAUCCUUUUUAAAAUUUUAAAAACUUUUUAUUUUGCUGUAAUAUUAUAAUUACCAAAAAGUUGCAAGAAUAAUACAAAGAACUCUUGUAUUCCCUUCACCCAAGGUCACCAGUUAUUAACAGUUUGUUCCCACUUGCUUUAUCAUUUGCUCUUUCUGUUUCUUUUUAUGAACAAUUCAAGGGUAACCACUGAGAGACUGAUACUUGUCAAGGGCAUCCUGUCAUGAGGGAUGGCUGACGUGCAGCCACAGGGUACAGAAGAACAUUGGUGGUGAUGUAGUGCCCAGAGAUAGAGUGAAGUCUACCCACGGCCAUAAGACACACGUUUGAUGCUACAAAAUGAAGCGUCGUAGAACUUUCAGCACCAGUGACAGUUCAGAUGGCAGUCCUUCUACUUCUUUUACUGGCUCAAGGUAUAGGAACAAGUCAAAAAUUCCAAAUGUGCACAAGAAAUCUGCGGAGGUGUUCCGGAAGGACCUCAUCAGUGCCAUGAAGCUGUCAGAUUCUCACCACAUUAAUCCUGACAGCUAUUACCUCUUUACGGAUACAUGGAAAGAAGAAUGGGAAAAGGGAGUCCAGGUACCAGCCAAUCCAGACACACUUCCACAGCCUUCCCUCAGGAUUAUCGCCGAUCGGGUAAAGGAUGUUCUGUUUACCCGCCCCCGGAAGUACAUCCAUUGCUCCACGCCAGAGAACUCGGAGCUUGGCUAUGUCAACAUCAGGGAGCAGGCGGCAUCUGUGUGCCGAUAUGACCUAGACGACAUGGACAUGUUUUGGCUCCAGUCCGUCAAUGAAGACCUUAGAGAAAUGGGUUGUGAGCAAGUUGAUGAAAACCUAAUGGAAAAGACAGUAGAAGUCCUGGAACGCCGAUGCCAUGAAAAUAUGAAACAUGCUAUUGCGACAGAGGAAGGACUAGGCAUCGAGUAUGAUGAAGAUGUGGUCUGUGAUGUGUGCCGGUCCCCAGAGAGUGAAGAUGGGAAUGACAUGGUGUUCUGUGAUAAGUGUAACAUCUGUGUGCACCAGGCUUGUUAUGGCAUCCUCAAGAUCCCAGAAGGUAGCUGGCUGUGUCGCUCCUGUGUCGUGGGCGUUCCUGCGCAAUGUGUGUUAUGUCCAAAGAAAGGUGGAGCCAUGAAGACCACCAGGACGGGGACUAAAUGGGCUCAUGUCAGCUGUGCCCUAUGGAUUCCAGAGGUCAGCAUUGGUUGUCCUGAAAGGAUGGAACCAAUCACAAAGAUCUCCCACAUCCCACCCAGUCGCUGGGCCUUAGUCUGCUACUUAUGCAAAGUGAAGACAGGAGCAUGCAUUCAGUGCUCGGUGAAGACCUGCACCACCGCCUUCCAUGUCACCUGCGCCUUUGAGCACAACCUGGAGAUGAAGACCAUCCUCGACGAGGAUGAUGAAGUGAGAUUUAAGUCUUUCUGCCUCAAACACAGCCAAAGCCGGCAGAAACUCGGCGAGACCGAGUACCCCCUGUACAGGGCCAAAGAGCAGAGCCCGGCCAAAGGCGACAAGACCAGCCCGCGGGCGCAGAAACUGCAGGAGCUGGAGGAGGAAUUCUAUAGCCUGGUCAACGUGAAAGAUGUGUCCUCAGAGCUGAAGCUGCCCCUGCUAACUGUGGACUUAAUCUACAACUACUGGAAACUAAAACGGAAGAGUAACUUCAAUAAGCCAUUAUUCCCUCCGAGGGAGGAUGAAGAAAAGGGCUUAGUGCAGCCGAAAGCGGAAAGUAUUCACACUCGCAUGAGCAUGUUUAUGCAUCUACGGCAGGACCUGGAGCGGGUUCGAAACCUGUGCUACAUGAUAACCAGACGAGAGAAGCUGAAGCUGUCCUACAACAAAGCACAGGAACAGAUCUUUGGUUUGCAAGUCCAGCUGCUUAACCAGGAAGCAGCCGAAGGACCUCCUUUGACAAGUGCACUAGAAAACUCAUUGUUUUACCCACCACCGAGAAUUACCUUAAAGUUAAAAAUGCCCAGAUCAGCCCCGGAAGACUGCCGAAACAGCUCCGCAGAGACUGAUCAUGGACCCCUCUCUCCUGGCAGCAACUCCCCUGUUCACAGUAUGGGGAGCGCACAAGUGCCUCAGGAAUCAUUAGAAAUGAGAGCGAAAUCCCACCCGAGGCAUCCAUUAGAGAGCAACAAUCACUGUUUCCUGACCAGUCUGGGCCUUUCUAGGAGUGAAUCAAAGGAUCCCAGUCCAGCUUGGACGACUCCAUCUCCGGAGUCCUAUCAAGGGCAGUCACUGGGGAAACCCCUGGUCCUCCAAGCUGCCCUGCAUGGACAGUCCUUAAUUGGAAAUGGGAAAAAACGUUCUCGCUCCAAGUUUGCCAAAUCCAAUGGCCUGGAGGGCAGCUGGUCUGGGGAUAGCACCCCAAAAGACAGCUCGAGUGAAAUGUCAUGUGGCCAGGAUUCCAUGCUCAGCUCCCACCUGGCCAGUCAGGGCAGCUUUAGAAAACCUACCGUGGAACACUUCAGCCGGUCCUUUAAGGAGUCCACCAACAAGUGGAUGAGGACCACAGGCGGCCUCCAGUGCCAUGGGAAGCCAACCAAGAAUGUUAACCCCAGGGAGCAGCUCUGGGGCAAGCAGCUUGCCAGGCGUUCUGCAGGGAAAGCUCCCUAUCAGGAAAACGAUGGGUAUUGCCCAGAUUUGGAGCUGAGUGAUUCAGAAGCAGAAAGUGAUGGGAAUAAAGAGAAAGUCAGGGUAAAGAGAGAGGGCUCAGGCAGGGAGAAGCCUCCCCGCACCUCUAGACGGGAUUGCCGUGGUAAACGCAAGAAGACACAUUCCCUCUCCCACAGUUCAAUGCAAAGGUGAUUUCCAACUUCCAAGAACAACUCAACCUUUGCCUUUGCCUCGUGUGUUGUAGAAACCCCACACACCAAAAGGAUUCUGGCACAUGUUGGGGAGGCAUUUUGGCGAAAAGAAUAAAAUGUUUCCACAGUUCAUUGUUUCUGAACCAGUUUCAAGUCUAGUUUUCAUAAGCACAUUAUUAGAAUUGCAGAUUGCCCCAAAGGUGGGUUUUGGUUUU